GCUAUGUUUAUGACCAUAGCAGGUGCUGCAGGAGGAAGCGCUGGAUGCUGCAGGACCAUCGUAUUCCCUUCCCGUCCAGCCUCUGCACUAUCUGUUAGUAAUGUUAGACAGUAAAGUAGUUACCUGUGACUGUUAGCAGGUGGCCAGCGCCAGGCCUGGCGCACGCGACUUGUAUUGAUCUGGCAGCCUUCUCCGCCGCAGGACCAGUCGCAGGAUAGUGCUUGCUCUACCCUCGCGCGUAUUCAAUAUUCUUCCCUGAGACGCGACGGACAAUGCUAGUGAAGUGCUUCAAUUCCACACGUGUGUUGUCGUGUUGUGCUCUCUGAGCUGUCGCAAAGAGAAGGAAAUUAAGUCUAAUUUCAUCUUCAGUAAGUUAGUGAAUUCCGACUAACAAGAUACACAACCUGAGAACGAGCUAGAUUCGAUCAGAGAGAGAAAGAGAUACAGGCUGAAAUAAUAAUCAAUUCAAAAAUAAAUUGCAGAAGAAAAAUAUAAGGAAAGAGGGAACUUGUGUGUGUUGCUAUUAAGAGAAUUAACAGACAAAUAGUCAAAUAAACGACGUCCCGCGCUUCUCUCGCAUCCGUCUAUAUAUUUAAGGUGAAGGGCUGCGCGAAGCAAAAUGGGGUGCUUCGGCAGCAAGGACAAGCUCUCAAAGGAGGACAUGGACUUCCUUAAGGAACGCACGAGAUACGACGAGACCACAAUCAAAGAGUGGUAUAAAGGAUUUAAGCAAGAUUGCCCGAACGGUCGUCUGACUCCUGCCAAGUUCGUAGACAUGUACAAGAUGUUCUUCCCAUCUGGUAAUGCCGAAGAGUUCUGUGAUCACGUCUUCCGGACAUUCGACAUGGACAAAAAUGGUUACAUCGAUUUCAAGGAGUUUCUACUUGCGAUCGAUGUGACGUCGAGCGGCACACCGGAGGAGAAACUAAAGUGGGCAUUCCGUAUGUACGAUGUGGACGGGAACGGAGUCAUAGAUAUCCAAGAAAUGACUAAGAUCGUUCAGGCAAUCUACGAUAUGCUCGGUGCAUGUUCAUCCAAUCGGCCAGCAGACUCUGCCGAAGAGAGAGCAAAGAACAUAUUUGCGAAGAUGGACGAGAACAACGACGGUCAGCUCACCCAAGACGAGUUUUUGAAGGGAUGUCUGCAGGAUGAGGAGCUCUCGAAGAUGUUGGCGCCUUAAUAGGGGGCGAUGCAAUUUGAAGACGCGAAUCGCAACAAAAAAUACAAUUAAUUGUGUAUAUUUAUGACAUAACAUUAAUUAGUCAAACUAUGACCAAGAGCUCUUAGAUCACGAGUUUUGAAUACUACAAUUAAUUACAAAAACAGCAACAAAAACAAACAUCAGCAGCAAACAUACCGGUUAUAUUUAGUUUAAUUUUUUUUCUCGAGAAAAAAAAAUGCAAGCAUUUUUUUUUAUUAAAGCAAAAAAAAGAGAGGAACUUAAAGGGUUGUGUUCAGUUAAGCUUGAUAAUAACCGUAUAAAUAUAAUCAAAAGAAGAAAAUGAAUAUUAAGUAAAA